AUGGCGCUCUCGCCUGUUUCGCGACGUCUUCUCUUCUCGUCUCUCAUCCCUCGGGGUCAGCUGGCCGUUCCCAGUUUGUCUUACUGCCCCUCUGGGAGUGCGUUUGCAUCUCAACAGCGAGCCUCUCUGGCGUUCGCCCCCCGCCUCACGCCUUCGCUCUCGCCUGCGGCGACCCCUUUGCUCUGCAGCCGCCUCGCCUUCAGCACGGCUUCCGGCGGGAAAGCAGACCAGCCGGGGGAAGCCGCCAACCAGACUCUGGAGGGCCGCUACGCGUCUGCUUUGUUUCGCGUGGUUAAGAAAAAGAAUCAGCUGGAGAAGGUGUACGGAGAUUUGGAGAGCAUGAAAUCUGCGCUGAAGGACAGCAGCGAAUUCCGGCUCUUCGUUGACAGUCCCGCCGUUUCGGUUCAGCAGAAGCUGGACGUCCUUAAGCACCUUGCGAACCGCUAUAAAUUUGACGCCUUCACUGCAAAUCUCCUCGCCACUCUGGUCGAGAACAGGAGGCUUCCCAUGCUCGUCCGCGUCAUCGACGCCUUCGACGCGAUGUACAGAAAAGAGAAGGGCGAAGUCAAAUGCACGGUGACCAGUGCGGGGCCGCUCUCUCCGCAGCAGCAGAAGGAGGUCGUCGCGGCCCUGCAGAAGAGAGCCGGAAGCCACGCACGCCUCAUCGUGGACUAUGUUGUCAGCCCGCAGAUUAUGGGAGGUCUGGUUGUGCGCCUGGGAGAGCAAGUCCUCGACUUCAGUGUUGCUUCGCGUCUUGAGCGUUUGCAGUCACAGCUGCUGGCUCCUCUGUGA